AUGACACUAUGGAAACGGAAAGAAGAAGAGAUUUUCACAGACAUUACUUGUUGUGCCGUGGCAUUUAGACUAUUGCGGAUCAAAGGAUUUGAAGUCUCGUCGGAUGAAUUGGCUCCAUAUGCCGAGCAAGAUCACGUUAACCUAGAAACGACCGGCGUGAGUACGGUUCUUGAGCUUUACCGAGCAUCGCAUAUAUCAAUACACGAAGAAGAAACAACUCUCGACGCUAUAAAUGAUUGGACCAGCAAAUUUCUGAAGCAGCAGUUGCGUAGUGAAACCAUUUUUGACAAGAAAUUGCAAAAAAAGGUGGAAUACGAGUUGAAGAACUUCCACGGCAUACUAGGACGAGUUGGAAAUAGACGAAGCCUUGAUCUAUACGACGUGGAUAAUUACCAAAUUAUGAAAACCGCGUAUAGGUGCCCCACAAUAUAUAACCAAGACUUUCUCGUAUUCGCGCGGCAAGAUUUUAAUCAUUGCCAAGCUUUACACCAGAAAGAGUUUCAGCAAUUAGAGAGGUGGUACAAAGAUUGUGGGUUGGACCGGUUGAACUACGGACGAAAUGUACUACAUGUUGCUCAUUUUAUCGCAUCAACAGUUAUUGGCGAUCCGCAAUUGGUUGAUGCUCGAAUGUCCUACGCCAAACAUGUUGUGCUUGUAACACGUAUCGAUGAUUUUUUCGAUCAUCACGGUUCUAGAGAAGAAUCACACAAGAUCCUAGAAUUAGUAAAAGAGUGGAAGGAGAAGCCAGCUGUAGAUUAUGGUUCGCAAGAAGUUGAGAUACUCUUUUCCGCGGUGUACCGAACCGUAAACGAGUUGGCAGAAAAGGCUUCUGUCGAGCAAGGCCGUUGUGUUAAACAUCAUCUAAUUAACCUGUGGGUUCAAAUUCUUACAAGCUUCGUUAGAGAAUUGGACACAUGGUGCGACGAUGCUGCAAUGACCUUGGACGAGUACUUGUCUUUUGCUUGGGUGUCAAUCGGUUGCAGAAUCUGCAUUCUCACUUCCAUCCAUUUCAUGGGUAUAAGAUUAUCCGACGACAUGAUUUUGGGUGAAGAAUGUACUAACUUGUGCAUACAUGUUAGCACGGUCAACCGUCUAUUGAACGAUCUUCAAUCUUUUCAGAAGGAGAAAGAAGAAAAGAAGUUAAAUGCAGUGAGCAUUCUAAACGAAGCUCGUGAUAAAGAUGAAGAGAUGGUCGUUUCGGAGAUAGGAAAAUUGGUAGAGUACAACAGGAGAAAACUGUUGAGAAUGGUUUAUCAAAGAGGAAGUGUUCUUCCUAGAAGAUGCAAAGAUUUGUUCUCGGAGACGUGCAAAAUCGGUUAUUAUUUGUACUCGUCUGGUAGUGGUGAUGAGUUCACUUCUCCACAACAAAUGACGGAGGAUAUGAGGUUAAUGAUUCAUACACCCCUAAAACUUCCUCCCUCUUAAGUCAUAUGUAAUUUUAAUUUAUUUUUUUCUGUUGAAACAUUCAUGUGAAUGUAUUUCACACAAUGCAUGGCUCAUAACCUUGAUUUCUGAAAUAACUUCGAGUUUAGAAACAAUAUUGGUUUUGCAUCUAGCCGAGAGAUCUUUAUGGCUAAAAUAGUGAAUUUAUUGUUUUAAUUAGUGUGCUAGCAUAUUUAGUAUGUACUGAAACACACAAAGUCAAAUAAUCGUUUAUUAGGAACAAAA